GCUGUCGCCGCGUCUGUCGCGAUGGGCAAGUCUGAUUUCCUGACCCCAAAGGCCAUCGCCAACAGGAUCAAAUCCAAGGGGCUGCAGAAGCUACGCUGGUACUGCCAGAUGUGCCAGAAGCAGUGCCGGGACGAGAAUGGCUUCAAGUGUCACUGCAUGUCCGAAUCGCAUCAAAGACAGCUAUUGCUGGCUUCAGAAAAUCCUCAGCAGUUCAUGGAUUAUUUUUCAGAGGAGUUCCGAAAUGACUUCCUGGAGCUGCUUCGAAGGCGCUUUGGCACCAAGCGUGUCCACAACAACAUUGUCUACAACGAGUAUAUCAGCCACCGCGAGCACAUCCACAUGAAUGCCACACAGUGGGAGACGCUGACCGACUUCACCAAGUGGCUGGGCAGAAAAGGGCUCUGCAAGGUGGAUGAGACCCCAAAGGGCUGGUACAUUCAGUACAUAGACCGGGACCCAGAAACCAUCCGCAGGCAGCUGGAACUGGAGAAAAAGAAGAAGCAGGACCUUGACGAUGAGGAAAAAACGGCCAAAUUCAUUGAGGAGCAAGUGAGGAGAGGCUUGGAAGGCAAAGAGCAGGAGGUCCCUGUUUUUACGGAGUUAAGCCGAGAAAAUGAUGAAGAAAAAGUCACCUUCAAUUUGAACAAAGGAGCCUGCAGCUCAGCGGCCACCACCUCCAAAUCCAGCUCUCUGGGGCCAAGCGCCUUGGCCACUCUCGGGCCUGUGGCACCGGUCAAGCGGAAAGAGUCUUCCCAGAGUUCGGCCCUGUCCAAGGAGAAAAAGAAGAAGAAGUCCGCGCUCGACGAAAUCAUGGAGAUUGAAGAGGAGAAGAAGAGGACUUCGCGGACAGACUACUGGCUGCAGCCGGAAAUUGUCGUGAAAAUUAUGACCAAAAAGCUUGGUGAUAAAUAUCACAAGAAAAAGGGUGUUGUGAAGGAAGUUAUUGACCGGUACACGGCUGUGGUGAAGAUGAUGGACUCCGGAGACAAGCUGAAACUGGACCAGACGCACCUGGAAACCGUCAUUCCUGCCCCAGGGAAGAGAAUCCUGGUUUUGAACGGUGGCUACAGAGGGAAUGAAGGCACUCUGGAAUCCAUCAAUGAGAAGACGUUUUCAGCUACCAUCGUCAUCGAAACGGGCCCUUUAAAAGGACGCAGAGUUGAAGGAAUUCAGUAUGAAGAUAUUUCUAAACUUGCCUAAGUUUGAAAAUUUGUUAACAACACAUUAAAAUCCUAAAGCAUCAAAUUGGUGUUCGCCGAGGCAUUUAGACUCUACUGUGUUAGGGUGUUUCUUCUGUAUAAAGCAAAUGAAUUUAUUUAAAUCAAACUGUAUAGUUGUUUAGCUAAGCUAGCAAAAUGUCUUAAUUAUGUUACAAGUAUCCAGAUGUGUUAUUUUGUCCUCAUUAUUUUUUUUGUUCUGUAAUAUUGAUGAUUUUUUUUUAUCUUCAUUAAAAGAAUGUUAUUGUAAAGUUUUACAUAAGACGUUUUGGAGUAGAAAAUUAGAGGGAAUUCUCCAUAUACUCAAAAUUUAUACUUCCCGUUGUCAAGUUGUAUUGAAAAUGAAUAU